CUUAUUGAUUUCUUACUGAUCAAUAUGAGAGUAACUAAGACAAUGGCAAUGGGAAAUUAUAUAUAUACUAAAACUGAGUUCAGGAAUUCACUGUUCCUAGACUGUAGCUUAGGAAUAGUGAAGUGCCGAUUUUGCCCUUUACUGAAAUUUUCCUUAUGUUCCUUUUUUGCCCUUCUCUCUUUGGAUGCUAACUCUCCCCACUGUUUCGUUUCCACAGAACGAUCGUCCGCUUCGAACCAGCUUGGUUGGGCUGGUUGGGGGCAGCCAUGGAAUGCACGGCUUCGAUCUUCGGGAUUCCUUUGGGGCCGUAGAUUUCCAUUUGGGCUAGCGCCUUGCGAAUCUCGCCGUUCGUUUGGUCUUCAUCUCAUCUCAUCUGCUCAUUCGUUGGUUCAACCAUCUUUCAUCCUCUGUGCAACGUUCGUCUGAGAGAUUUUCGAUCUGCAAGUUCUUCCAUCUUUUCUCUUCAGGACUACAACAAAAUGGUGCACUUACAUCUAUUCGUGGACUUUGAAAUAGAAACAAGGCUUUUGAAUUGGUAAUGGCAGGUGACUGUUUGUGCGUGAAUAAAGGCUUGCCAUUGCCCUUGCUGAUGUUGUGGGACAGAGCCAGUGUAUAUGUACAGAAGUUGAGGGAUACAAUGUUCUCUCUCCCUCUCUUUAAUUUCAAACAGCACAGAAUGUUGACUGACUUUGAAGGUGUUGCAAGAAAAAACGAAGUAGGGUUCCGCAUUUGGACUAGCAAAGAGUUCCACCAGUACCAGGUUGUUGGGAGAAAGCUCCCUAUGGCAUCUAAUGAGCACCCCAAGAUUUACCAAAUGAAGCUCUGGGCCACAAAUGAGGUUCACGCCAAGUCCAAGUAUUUCAUGAGGAAGCUGAAGAAGGUCAAGAAGAGCAAUGGCCAAGUGCUUGCCAUUAAUGAGUGGGGAAGUGGUUCCUUCUCAACUCUCCUCCUGGCAAAAUCCAAUUUGUUGCCAAAGGGCUCCACCUUUGACCCCAAAGCGUCACUCUUUUAUCACAUUUAUUUCGCUUUUUUCUAAUUUUGUUUCGAUAAUUUGAAUCGUAUU